AUUGGUAAAGUUUUGUUUUCUCAAUGAGUUUUGUUUGAAACACCAUUUGUUUCAUUGACUUUAAACCAGUAGUGUCUCUAUCAGAGCCGAUACACACACCAACCACUGUGGAUGUGUUCAACCAAACUGUGUGUUUGAAACUCUCUCUCAACAAAAAAAUGUGAAACAAUUAUAUCAUAUUUUGAAAACUUUUAUUAAUUAUAGUUUGUGAACAACUGUUUUUGUUAUUAUCACUGAAUCCUCAAAAGUGGUGAUUGAUUUUUCUAAUGAUUUAAAGAGAGAGAGAAGUCAUAUUGAAAAUCAUUGCGUAAAAAAAUGUUGACCUUACGUACCGGUCCCCGAUUGAUGGCCGAUCGGUCACAUUUUGAGAAGUCAAUGGUUGAGAUGCCCGGCGAGGGUAAGACAUUUACCACUAAAGAAGAGGGAACCAAAGUCUGGCACAAUAAGACUCGUCGAAAGUAUUACGAAACGGUUCCACCAGCGGAACCAAAUCCACGAGACCAUCAUCAUCGCAGUCGAACCGAUUUAAAAGCAAUUGAUUACCGAAGUGACAGAAGUGACACAUCACACCAUCAUAAUAAUCAUCGACGACGACCACAACAACAACAAAUUCGUGCCGUCACUGAUGACCAAAAGAUUGUGACCGCCGAAGAAUUGGAUGAUAUUUUUCUUGAAGAUCCUAAAGGUUAUUAUGAACUCCAGAAUUCUGAAUCCUAUUCAUACAUCCCUACUGUACGCGAUGUCGGCAUUCAAUGCAAUCGCAAAAAGACGGACAAACAUCUAGUAAAAGGUACGUCCAGUGAGAGCACCGAUAGCUAUGUUCGGGUAAUAAAAUCAUCGGACGACGGUAUGGUUACCGCUUAUAGCGAUGUACCGCAACUCAAGACUGUCGGGAGUCCAUCGAAAAGACCACCCGUUUUAAAGCAUAAAGUCUUACCUCAAAGUGAAGCCAUUUAUAGUAAAGUCGAUAAAAGCAAGAAAAAAGUCAACAAAAAUGAUGAACUAAACGGUUAUCCCGAGUAUGAAGACUAUAAGGAUUAUCCGCAGAUUAUCUAUAAGUCACCAAUCAAUGAGAGACAGCCGUCCCGACUGAGCAAUUACUCGAAAUAUUCGGGUAUAUCAGAGUACAGUACUCCACCAACUAAUAGGAUCUUAAAAAAUAAAACUAAAGGAAUCGGAUUUACCUUAAGAUCGGGAAUUGACGAAAAAGAGAUCAAAUUGCCAAACAUGUCGCCAAAGUUGAGAUCACGUUCACUCUCCCGAUUCCAGGAGCCAACAACCCAUCGACGUUGGGAUGACGACGACGAUAGUCCCGUCAGACACAAUGUCAGUGGACACAAAAAAGAGGUCAAACAAGAAGUCUUGGAGGAAACCAUUUCGAUAUCCAACGCUUCCAGCGAUGAUCUACAACCGUACGACUAUAAGGGAGAGUUUGAGCAAUACCUCAGCCCUAAGCCGCAGUUCAUUGAGUUGGACCACAAACGCAAAGAGAUAUCUUAUGUCAAUGAUUUGCCCUCCGCUGCCGAUCAUUCAAGUCGGCCGCGGAUUAAAAACGGCACCGAAAGUCCGUCGAUCAGUUCACGAGUUAUACCGCUUGACUAUCGGCGGGGAAUCAAUGCCGUGACCUACGGUACGGACAACGAGUCGUCGUAUUCGACACUAUCGCGACACGACAUGCGAAAGAAGGAUAAAUUAGCUGACUUUACACCACCUCCUCGACAGGCUUAUACACUCGAUAGACGGGUACUCAAAGAACGACAAAAACAGUUGGAAUCAUCGGCUGCGGUACCGCUGUCACCGCCGACUGAGACCAAACCGAAAGAUAGGGCUAGACUUCAUCGAAGUACCACAAAUCUGAGCGACUAUUCCAGGGAUAAUAACAACAAUCUGAGAGGAGGUCUGGCCAAUGCUUAUCGCAACCGACAGACACAACCGGAAAAAAGGACGUCAUCGUUGAACAGGAUGUCUGCCAUACGCGAAGAUCACAUCCACAGUCCUUCCCAAUCGACACCAGUUCGCUAUUUAAGUCACAAUCAACUCAAUUCGGCCGGUAAUUCGGCAAAUUCCAGUUCCGAUUCGGACACAAUUAACCGACAUCGGCAACAACGACAACAGCAGCAGUUUGUUCACGACAGGGAACCGAUUGUUAUGUACAUUCCGGCGGUCAGUCAUCAUAACAAACGGGCUACGGACGAAAGUGAUCGCUUGUCCAGUAUAUUGAGACCGAGUUCACGGGCAGGAAGUACGGCCAGUAGUACAGCUGCAAGAAAACCGACGGCCAAACGGCCUAUUAAAGGAUCGGCAGCCAGUGAUAUCGGACCAACUAAACCGCGUGACUAUCCGAUGAAAUAUUCAAAUUAUAAUAAAAACAAUCAGAAACACAUGAACGACGAAGAAUUAGAUGAAAUCGUUGAACUAAAAGAUACAAAAAGUUUUGGUAAACUAAAGAAUGGUAAGAGUAUUCUUAGCCGAAGACAUUCCAUUCCCAAAGAUACCAAAUUUCCGUGGCUUUCGAAACUUAAGUCUAAAGUCAAGUUUAGAGAUCCAUAAGUCUAUCUCUUUAAGUCCCGGAGCCCAUGGAUGAGGACUGACUGACACUCACUGACUGACUGUCAAAAGAUUGUAAUUUUUUCUAUUGAAAGUAAAGUAUUGAUUGAAAAGUUUUUCAAA